AUGAAACUCCUGACGGAGUAUUUUGUAGAUGGAAGCAGGUUCAUGGGAGAGGAUGGCCAGUUCCAUAAUGGAUAUGCAGUGGUCACACAGCACAAGGUAGGUACAGCUGAACAACUCCCACCUCGUAUAUCAGCACAAGAGGUGGAGUUGAAGGCACUCACUGAGGUGUGUAAAAUGGUCAAGGGAAAGAAGUUGAACAUCUACAUGGACUCAAGGUAUGCUUUUGGUAUUGCACAUGACUAUGGACCUAUUUGGCGGGCCAGGGGCUUCCUAACAUCUACAGGCCAGCCUAUAAAGAAUAAAGACUCUGUACUAGAACUUAUGAACUCUCUGUUACCAGAGGAAGUUGCCAUCAUCAAGGUCAAGGCACACACCAGGCACACCACGGUGGAGGCAAAAGGUAACGAUCGAGCUGACAAAGCGGCCAAACAAGCCGCACUACAGCCCGUAAAGACUGUCCCCACCCUGAAGCCUGAAGACGUGUCUGUAAGUAUGCUCCAGAAAAUGACUGAUCAAGCCCCUCCUGAGGAAGGAAAAAUAACUUUGGGCAAAGCACGGGGACAAGGUUGA